GUCGCUAUCUGGUGGUAAUUUCUUUGGAUCGCUCACAUCCAUCUCCAGCUCACUGAGCCAGUUGUCGUGGCAACUACAUGUGGGGCGGGGAGACACCAGGCGCCGCGCUGCCGUCGAGUCCCCCAGGGAAGCCGAGGAAAGUGAGCCAUGAGCGGAGCCAAAGCCCGCAGCGAUGCGCCUGUUGCUGACAAUGUAUACGGUGGCGGCGGAGGCGGGCACAGUUCUGCGGUUCCUCCGCGUGACCGCAAAUCCGGCGGAGGAGUCCUGAAGAGGCUCAAGUCUCGAAAGAGCCAGGUGGACAGCAGGCCCGUCACAGAGGAAGAGCUGCGGAGAAAAAGUGAACCGAUUUCUCCAGAGGAUGUGAUGGGACUGCAAGCGGCUACCAGAGGGUAUCUCUGUAAACUCGAAGACAACAUUUAUAACAUAGACUUUGUGCGCUUUAAGAUCAGAGAGCUGGAAACCAAUACUGUCCUGUUUGAGAUCUCCAAACCUCCACAUUCAGAUGAGGACGAAGAGCACAGGGAGCGAGAUGUCAGCGCAGGCCGAUUUGUACGUUACCAGUUCACCCCGGCCUUCCUGCGGCUGAGGAACGUGGGAGCUACGGUGGAAUUCACAGUCGGGAACCGACCUCUAAACAACUUUCGCAUGAUCGAGAGGCACUAUUUUCAUGACCACCUGCUGAAGAGCUUUGACUUUGACUUUGGGUUCUGUAUCCCAAACAGCUGUAACACCUGUGAACACAUCUAUGAGUUCCCCCAGCUUUCUGAGAGCACAGUGUGUCAGAUGGUGGACCGUCCUUACGAAACCCGCUCAGACAGUUUCUAUUUCGUCGACAACAGACUGGUCAUGCACAAUAAGGCAGACUACGCUUACAAUGGAGGGCACUGACUGCAGCCCAUUUGCAUCCACAUACAACACAUUCGCUCACAUUUAUUGACUGACACGCACAUGCAUGCGUGCUCUCCUGCAGGACAUACAGCUCCAACAUGAAUGGACAGCUACAGACAUUUGGAUUAAUUGCCAGUCAGUUUUUGAAAUCAUUUUCAGUGGGUGCAUUUUCUUUGAAUGAAAAUGAACAUCAAUCUCUGAUCUGACACAUUAUCAAGAAAACAUCUAUUAGAGGGAAAGCUCAGUAUUUGACAUUUAAUAAAAGAUUUUUCUCAUUCA